AUGAAGCAGACAAUGACAGAGACGCCGUAUGUGACAUUGCCGCCACCAAUGGUUUACAUGGUGAUAACCAAGGACGACGACUCUCCCCAAACUGUGCAUCAGACGGAGAGCAAAGGCAGUGAUGGAUUUGUACGUGGAUGGUAA